GCUCGAGUGCGGUUCGGGUACGUUUUGAAUCUUACAUCGCCAACGAUUUGAGUUCCGUUCCGAUUUAGCCGUUGCGUUUUUUGGCUGCCCAACUUAUACUUUAACACCUAGCAGUAGCAAGCAUAGGUAACGCUUGAAGCUGGUAAAAAAGCAAACGUUUUAAUCAAUCAACAAUUAUGUGCGAUAAAAGUUGAUGCGACGCGCGCAGUCUACAAAAAUAAACGAAAAAAAAAACAUACAAAUUGUGUAGUUAAAAAAAAAAUACAAAAAAGAAGUUUGUUGAAAGUGAGAGUUUUCCACGCAUUUUAGACAUGCGCUCGGCACGUUACCGAUGAAGCAAGCAACUUUAAUCAGACACAGACACAGCAGCGCAGUUUUAAAAAUGUGGCCCAAACGGCAUUGGCUAGUCAAUAGAGCAGUUGCUGCGCUAACAGCAUGGAGCACACACCAAAUAGUAGAAGUAUUAGUAGCCUUAAUCUUAGUCAAUUGCCUCAAGAGCAGCAGCAGCAGCAGCAGCAGCUCAAGUGGCAGUAGCAGCAGCUUGGAGAACGAAUCCACAGCGUUAGCUGACUUCGGCAGCGCAUCAUUGCCCAGUUUCUAUCGCAGUCCACAUCGUCUGGAUGGCUACUAUACGCCCGCUGAGCUGCAGCGAAGUCAAAACUUUAAGAUCAGCCCCAAGCCGUGCUCCUUUGGACGCGUCGAGGGCACCUGCAUGUUCGUCUGGGAGUGUAUCAAGUCCGAGGGUCAGCAUGUGGGCAUGUGUGUGGACUCCUUCAUGUUUGGCUCCUGCUGCGCGCACAACUACACCGACAAUAUUGUGGUGCCGCAAACCGCUUUCUCCUAUACGCGACCCACCAAACCGCUGUCACCGAGACCGCGACCACCAGCGCAGCCGUACAAGCCCUUGAUCAGUGGCAUGACCACCAUUGAGCGUCCGCAUGGCGCUGGCACUUUGGUCAUUCGUCCUUCGGGUCCCAUCCACCAGGGCGCCUUGUCUAGGCCGCAUCCCAAGCCAACAGCGCACCCGUCUCCGUCGUCACCGUCAGAUCUGCAAAGUGCGGCCAGUCAAGGCCAAUCCCAGGCCGCCACUGCCGGCCCCAAUAGUAUUUGGCAUACAUCAACAUCAGUGCAGCAACAACAACAACAACAACAACAACAGCACCACCACCAACAGCAGCAGCAUCAACAGCAUCUGUGGCACAUGACCACCGAGCCAAGCUUCAUUACCAAACCGCGACCCACCGGCUGGACCAAGCCCGGCAACGUCAAUUUGCCAGCACCUGCGAUGCAUCAGCGCCCCUCAAAGCCGCCAAAGCCCACAAAGAAGCCGAUUGUCUAUGAACGGCCAACGUUAACGUUAACGUCACCGCCAACGCCAUCAGCGUCGCCAAUGCCAGCAUCGACGACAAUGAUUCUGUUGGGCCAGACGAAGCCAAAGCCCAAACCCAAACCAACCAGGCCCCAGCUGUCGCCGGUCACAUCAUUAGCAACGUCUACAGCAACAAAGGGUACGACGACGACAACAACGACUGUUGGAACGACUAGAAAGCCUACAAAGCCCUACCAACGGCCCAGCGCUAGUACAACAACAACUACAAUAACGACCAAGAUUCCAACAAAAACAACUACCAGACCGCAGCCAAGUUCCAGCAUUAGCAGUAGCAGCAGCCAGAGACCAACAGCAACGCAGCCCACGCGUCCCAGCCAAAUACAACAAUCGGCCACGGCGGGCAUUGAGUCCAAUGAGAUAACGGACUCAUCCACCCAUGAGGCAAUGGCCGGCUCAUCGGCGUUGGGCCAUGUGAAGACCAUUUCGGCAGCACGCAGCGAAUGCGGUGUGCCGAUGCUGACGCGUCCAGAGACACGCAUUGUGGGCGGCAAAAGCGCUGCAUUCGGUCGUUGGCCCUGGCAGGUGUCGGUGCGACGCACCUCGUUCUUUGGCUUCUCCAGCACCCAUCGCUGCGGUGGCGCUUUGAUCAACGAGAACUGGAUAGCCACGGCGGGGCACUGUGUGGACGAUUUGCUCAUCUCGCAGAUACGCAUACGCGUGGGCGAAUACGAUUUCUCACAUGUGCAGGAGCAACUACCAUACAUUGAGCGUGCCGUCUCCAAGAAGGUGGUACAUCCCAAAUACAAUUUCUUUACAUACGAAUAUGAUCUGGCGCUGGUUAAGCUGGAGCAGCCGCUAGAAUUCGCGCCGCAUGUCAGUCCCAUUUGCCUGCCCGAAACGGAGAGUCUGCUGAUUGGCAUGAAUGCUACAGUCACUGGCUGGGGACGGCUUAGCGAAGGCGGCACACUGCCCUCAGUGCUGCAAGAGGUCUCGGUGCCCAUUGUGAGUAAUGACAAUUGCAAGUCAAUGUUUUUACGCGCCGGCCGUCAGGAGUUUAUACCGGAUAUAUUCUUAUGCGCUGGCUAUGAGACGGGUGGGCAGGACUCGUGCCAGGGCGACUCGGGUGGGCCGUUGCAGGCCAAAUCUCAGGACGGACGCUUCUUUUUGGCCGGCAUUAUUUCGUGGGGCAUUGGCUGUGCUGAGGCCAAUUUGCCAGGCGUCUGUACGCGCAUCUCAAAGUUUGUGCCCUGGAUACUGGAGCAUGUCAGAUGAUAAUAAUUGGAUUAGCAUUAGCACAAUUACCGUUUAGGCUGCGUCAACGUCAACGUCAACGCCAAUUCUUGUUAUUGUUUUAAUUUAUUAGUUGUAACUUUUAAGUUUGUGUGAUUUUAACUUAAACGAAUCUUAAGCUUAGUUAGCUACAAUUGAACAAUUUCCAUUCAUAUAUGACUGCCACGCCCCCGCACUUAUAGUCAAGCCCCUGUCCUUGCCCCACGUCCUAUACUUUGCCCUUCUCAAAAGCAAAAAAAAGUAACUAAGUUAGUCUAGCGAAAAUUGUUAGUACGCAUCACUUAUAUAAGUUCCCUAGCAUAAGUCAUCAAAUAGAUUUUGUAUAUAUACUAUUUUAAAAGUCAUUCUCAAUGAGCAGUUGUUGGUAUUUUAGUAUAGGCAUAUUUAUCAAUUAACUACAUCUACAUAAUCGAUAUAAACAAAUUGCUUACAAACAAAUUGAUGUUGUAGCUUACCCAAAGAACAUGUUUAUUUAUACA